AAAUAUUUUCGAAAAAAAAUAACUAAAAGAUUAAAAAUGAAGCUACUGUUGCUGCUAUUAGCAUAUAUUUGUCUGGUACAAUGUGGUCCAGCGAAGAAGCAAGCUCAUGAUCAAGAAGCUCAAAGUUAUGAAUACGAAUAUGCGCAUGAACCAGCACUAGCACUUGUUGAUUCCGCUGCUUUCGCCAAAACUCCUGUCCUAGCCCCAACAUCAGUUUCACACAGUCACGGGAUUUCUCAUCCAGGUUUCAGUGUAGGUGGUCCUUUGGCCAACAUCGCGAAAGGCGCAGCGGAACAAGCGCAUACGCAAUUGAGCAAUCAACAUUCCGCAGCCGGACAAGCUGCAUUCGUUGCGAAAAAUACAUUGGCGCAAGCUGCUGCUCAAUCCGCAGCAACUGCGGCUGCAGCACUUGCUGGAAAACAGAUCGUAGUGCAAGGAUUGGAACAACAAUCAAAAGACGCUCAUGUAGCGGUAGACAGUGAAAAUUUACAACUACAACAAGCUGAACGUGCCGCAAGCGCAGCAAGAACUACCGCUAAACAAGCCAUGCAUCAAUUGCAAGUAGCUACAGCAGCUUUGAAUGCGGCCCAAGCCACGGCUGAUCGUGCAGCACAAGCUGCUGCUGAAGCUGCAGCCGAAUUGGCGGCACAAACUACUAUGCUUGGUCAAGCGAAAGCAAGAGCGGAAUCGGUAGAUGAACAACUUUCUGCUGCGCGUCUCGAUUACGAAACUACCCAAGCAGCUGCAGAAAAAGCUGCGAAUGCAGCCGCGGCUGCGCAAAAUAACGCUGCUGCUGCUGCUGCGCAUGUGGCUGAUAAUGCCGCUGCUUCUGCGCUUUUGACUCACGAACCAACAAAGCCUUCAUCACUUCCGAAACUUCCUUCUCAACAUGGACAUGCACCUGCAGUCGCAGAACCUACCCUCGGUCUACCUGCUCUUCGUUCACAUGGGUCUCUUCUCGCGUCAGCUGGAUUACAUCAAACGGAUGCUCUUGUAUCUACUGGUUAUCAAGAAACUAUUACUCUUCCAGCAUCCGGAUUGCUUCACGAGCCGAACGGUCUUCAUCGUUCGGAACUUCUUAGUCUAGCUAAUGCUUUACCGACUGAUAAUUAUGGUAUUAAAGGUUAUCGGUACUAGAUUCUUUCAAAUUGGACGUUUUAGUGGAAUCUAGUGUUAUUGUUGUCAUCGUUCAAGAAUAACGAAAUAUCAUGUCAGAUUGUAAAAUAAAUUGUUGAAGUAUCAAACGUA